CACUUUCUUUCUCUCCCUCUGGCAUGUAUGCUGCUGGGAGAAGCCCCCUAAGUAAAAACUGCUACAGAAAUCCUAACUCCUUCCUCAGGAAAACUGGAUGGCUUCUGGAUCACAGCUCACUUUUUAACGUGAACACAAGCUGGACGACCUUCUGAUGGGCUUUCAACUUUGAAGUGGAUGUGGACAUUUUUCUCUCCAAUGACAGAAUCACUACAACUUCCUCUUUGCAGUUGCUUCCUUUCCUUAAAGGUAGCUGAAUCUUGUUGUCUUUAAAAGCCUGUUCCUUCCAAAGUUGCCUGUCAUGCUAACCGUCAUUAGCACGUCUGUGGCCCCACAGACAGGGGCUGAGCCCAGGUCUCCGGGGCCAAUCCCCCAGGCAGACCAGGGCAAGGGCACCGAGGCUGGUGGCGGAAACCCAAGUGGCAUCUACUCAGCCAUCAUCAGCCGCAAUUUUCCCAUUAUCGGGGUGAAAGAGAAGACAUUUGAGCAGCUUCACAAGAAAUGUCUAGAAAAGAAGGUUCUUUAUGUGGAUCCUGAGUUCCCACCGGAUGAGACCUCUCUCUUUUAUAGCCAGAAGUUCCCCAUCCAGUUCAUCUGGAAGAGACCUCCGGAAAUUUGUGAGAAUCCCCGAUUUAUCAUUGGCGGAGCCAACAGAACUGACAUCUGUCAAGGAGAUCUAGGGGACUGCUGGUUUCUCGCAGCCAUCGCUUGCCUGACCCUGAACAAGCGACUGCUUUUCCGGGUCAUACCCCAUGAUCAGAGUUUCACCGAAAACUACGCGGGGAUCUUUCACUUCCAGUUCUGGCGCUAUGGAGACUGGGUGGACGUGGUUAUUGAUGACUGCCUGCCGACUUACAACAAUGAACUGGUUUUCACCAAAUCCAACCACCACAAUGAGUUCUGGAGCGCUCUGCUGGAGAAGGCUUAUGCUAAGCUCCAUGGUUCAUAUGAAGCCCUGAAAGGUGGGAACACUACAGAGGCCAUGGAGGACUUCACAGGAGGAGUAACAGAGUUUUUUGAAAUCAAGGAUGCUCCCAGAGACAUGUACAAGAUCAUGAAGAAAGCCAUCGAGAGGGGCUCCCUCAUGGGUUGCUCCAUUGAUACGAUCGUUCCAGUUCAGUACGAGACAAGAAUGGCCUGCGGGCUGGUCAAAGGCCACGCCUACUCAGUCACUGGGCUGGAGGAGGCCCUGUACAAGGGUGAGAAAGUGAAGCUGGUGCGGCUGCGGAACCCCUGGGGCCAGGUGGAGUGGAAUGGCUCCUGGAGUGACAGUUGGAAGAACUGGAGCUUUGUGGACAAGAACGAGAAGGCCCGUCUGCAACACCAGGUCACGGAGGAUGGAGAGUUCUGGAUGUCCUAUGACGAUUUCAUCUACCAUUUCACAAAGCUGGAGAUCUGCAACCUCACAGCUGAUGCCCUGGAGUCCGACAAGCUUCAGACUUGGACAGUGUCCGUGAACGAGGGCCGCUGGGUGAGGGGCUGCUCUGCUGGAGGCUGCCGCAACUUCCCAGACACUUUCUGGACCAACCCUCAGUACCGUCUGAAGCUCCUGGAGGAGGAUGACGACCCUGACGAGUCCGAGGUGAUCUGCAGCUUCCUGGUGGCCCUGAUGCAGAAGAACCGGCGGAAGGACCGGAAGCUGGGGGCCAACCUCUUCACCAUCGGCUUCGCCAUCUAUGAGGUUCCCAAAGAGAUGCACGGGAACAAGCAGCACCUGCAGAAGGACUUCUUCCUGUACAACGCCUCCAAGGCCAGGAGCAAAACCUACAUCAACAUGCGGGAGGUGUCGGAGCGCUUCCGCCUGCCUCCCAGCGAGUACGUCAUUGUGCCCUCCACCUACGAGCCCCACCAGGAGGGGGAAUUCAUCCUCCGGGUCUUCUCUGAAAAGAGGAACCUCUCUGAGGAAGUUGAGAAUACAAUCUCCGUGGAUCGGCCAGUGUCAGAGCCCAGCAGUGCUGACCAGGAAAGUGAGGAACAGCAGCAAUUCGGGAACAUUUUCAGGCAGAUAGCAGGCGAUGACAUGGAGAUCUGUGCAGAUGAGCUCAAGAAUAUCCUUAACAGAGUUGUGAACAAACAUAAGGAUCUGAAGACACAAGGCUUCACGCUGGAGUCCUGCCGUAGCAUGAUUGCUCUCAUGGACACAGACGGCUCUGGGAGACUGAACCUGCAAGAGUUCCAUCACCUCUGGAAGAAGAUUAAGGCCUGGCAGAAAAUUUUCAAGCACUAUGACACAGACCAAUCCGGCACCAUCAACAGCUACGAGAUGCGAAAUGCAGUCAAUGACGCAGGCUUCCACCUCAACAACCAGCUCUACGACAUCAUCACCAUGCGCUAUGCAGACAGGUCCAUGAACAUUGACCUCGACAGCUUCAUCUGCUGCCUCCUCAGGCUGGAGGGCAUGUUCAGAGCUUUUAAUGCAUUUGACAAGGAUGGUGACGGUAUCAUCAAACUCAACGUUCUAGAGUGGCUGCAGCUCACCAUGUAUGCCUGAACCAAGCUGGCCUCAUCCAAGGCCAUGCAGGAUCACUCAGGAUUUCAAUUUCACCCAACAGAGCUAGAGCCACUUACCUCAAAGGACACAGUAGCUGCACCCUCAGCAGACCUCCAGGCACCUCAUCGGUCUUGUUCCUCCUCUACUCACUUCCUUCUCAGCCUCAGGGUAUCUGUCCAUCUGUCAUGCCCAGCCUCACCCUUUAGUUAAGGAAUGGGGAAGGGAGAACAACUCUGUCCCUGUGCCACAUGGAGGCAAGUGUCUCUGUCUGCCUCAGCUAGCCAUGGCCCAGUGACAGCUUUGCUUGGAGUCUGAGUGGCCUCAGCUCUGAAGCAAACACUCCCUUUAGCUUGCCCUCGGCUGUUCGCAGAAGCAUUUGCCAGUGGCACUCAACACUUCCUGGUGCUAGAGCCCUCUAUCACCUUUAUAUUCUCCCAGUCCCGGGACAGCAGCCCAAUGAGCAUUUGGUUCUGCCUGACUGUUUCAGGAUGGGCCUGCUCCAGAGUAAACUAGCUCAGCGGAAGAGGGUUGGACACUUUGGGUUAUCUGACUCAUAAGUUUGGUUGCAUUUUGAAAAACAGUUGAUCUAAAUAAAGGCACCUGUAU